ACAGAGAGAGAGAGAGAAAGAGAGAACGAGCUAGAGAGAGAGGGAGAGAGAGAUAGAGAGCGGUGCCACGUGCCGUUGGAGAAACUCGAGAGUGCGCGGUCUUCAGGAUGGGUCGAGUGUGUUACUGGCCGAGUUGAGAGGAGCGUUCUUUCCGCAUGGGAUCGUUCAGGAAGUGGAUUAGCGCGCGCAGGGAGGUGCGGCUCCCUGACAGUGUCGAUGGUGAAGUACAGCAGUGAAUCGGUUACUCUGCCAGCGAAAUUACCGAGUGCGGAACCGGAACCGGAACCGGCGCGGUCCUCGCCACGGCGUGGACCGAUGACGUGUCGGCCCGUCUAAGCAGCAUUUCCCUCGACUCGGCCGGGAGACCCGGCCAGGAAUCGCCGCAACCAAGGAUCAACAGGCAAGAAGGGAUGUCACGGAGAAAGCAGGCCCGACCUAGCCGUGCCCACCUCGAGGAGGAUCUUGUCCAGGGGCCCCUGCUGAUCAAUGCCGUGGGAAACGUGAACGAGACCCGAGAAGAAAAUGACUUUACAUCGGAUGGCGAAGAGAGCGGUGGUCCGGGAGGCGGAGGAGACGAAGCUGUGGAUCUCACUGCAGCCCGAUCUCAUCAGGGCGAUGAAGACGAUAAGGACCAGGACGACGCUCUGGAGGAGGACGAAGAGGAAGGCGUGGACGAGCAGGACGAGCAGGACGACGACGAAGAAGGGUCGCGCAAACAAAUGCACCAUCGUCAAGACGCGGAGAACAACAACAAUUUCGUGGAGAGCGGCGCGGCUGCUGGCCUGUUUCCACCAGCUGGAACUAGUCAUGUCACCUUGGAAGCCCUGCAGAACACAAAAGUGGCGGUCGCUCAGUUCGCAGCGACAGCCCUCGCCGGUGGCGCCGACAGCGAGGCGGCCCUGCAAGAUUUGGCGUUGCUGCAGAGCACCUUGUACACCCUGCAGCAUCAGCAGGUGUUCCAGUUACAGUUAAUCAGCCAACUUCAGCAACAACUGUCCAUCACGCACAGCCAGUCGGCGCAACAACAAACCGUGGGUGAGCCGUCGGAUAACAAAGAAGUAUCUCCGUCUCCCAUAAUCCAACCGAAACCCAUCUCGAGUUUAACGUCGCCUCCGUCGUCGCGUCCGCCGAGCCAUCAGCAAACGUCGCCGGCUCCCAUGACACCGAAUCUGUCCCAGGAACGGCCGACUCCAGCAAGCAGUGCUUCUCCUUUGAAUCUACCGUUACCUUCGUCGAACGCCGCCGGUACCACGGCUACUACGAGUAGCAGCCAGGUGCCGAUGUCUCAUCAAAUGCCACCCCUCUGUUCCAUCAGUUCUUCCCUCGCUUCGUCUAUAAUAACGAACACCGAUCCACCGCCGUUGCACGAGCCGAACACGCUGGAGAUGCUGCAGAAGAGAGCUCAGGAAGUGCUCGACAACGCCAGUCAGGGAUUGCUGGCCAACAACUUGGCCGACGAACUCGCGUUCAGGGGUGGGAAAGGCUCCCGUCCCUCUCCGUACGACUCAAAGUCUGGUAGCGGUCGCGGGGAGCCGUUCUUCAAGCAUCGGUGCCGCUACUGCGGCAAGGUGUUCGGCAGCGAUUCAGCGCUUCAGAUCCACAUACGAUCGCACACAGGUGAGCGACCCUUUAAAUGCAACGUCUGCGGCAGCCGCUUCACCACGAAAGGGAACUUGAAGGUCCACUUCCAAAGGCAUACGGCCAAGUUUCCACAUGUUAAGAUGAACCCGAAUCCCGUUCCGGAACACCUGGACAAGUACCAUCCACCCCUGCUACAGCAGAUCGCCUCCGGUCAGAGACCAAUGCCGUCCCCGCCGCCGCCGCCACCUUCUCAUCAUCCCUCUUUUCACCCGGCGGCGGCACAUGGUUUUUUACCUCCUCAGCCGCCCCUGCCACUCAGUUUAGCCCUGCCCGGUAUGCCGCCCUUGUACAGAUCACCGGUCGUCGCUCAUCGAGACGAUCAGGACGUACCGGAGAACUUGAGUAAACCCAUAACCACUGCCCCCACCACGUCUCCACAUUCCCCCGCGAUUGUGUCGAACUCUCGUCAUUCCUUUCACGACAAUCACCAACAACAAAAGCAGCAGCUCGAGCAGAGGGACGAGAUCAAGCUCGAGCAGCGAUCGCCUAUGCAAGAGCAGUAUCAACAGCGGCCGACGAGUCGAGAGGCUUCCGAGAGGAUAACUCCGAAGAAAGAGCCGGAGGAGACCGAGGAGCCGACGGAAGAGGAGAGCGAGGACUUCGAAGAGGCGUCCAGACGGUACUUGAACUCGCCCCAAUCCUCCGUGAAUCCGCUCUCGCAUCCGCAAACGUACGAGGACUGCAGCAUGGACAGCAAGAUCAGCGGACGAUUGGAAGCGGACGGUGACAUGGAGGUCGACGAAGAGAUCGAGGAACAGCCCGAGAAUUUGUCCGGUCGAGGAGCCAUGAACCGUUUACCGCAACAGAUCGUUGCUUAUCCCGGAGCAUCGCCUGCUAGCAGUAGCGCGAGCAGCGGGAGCCUUCAGACAUCGUUCGCGGGGAUUCUUUUCCCGGGGCCGCCGGUGCAUCAUCAAAUACCCCAUCAUGCUGCGACAGCCGCCGCGAACACGCCGGUGGUUCCCACCAACGAGAUGAUCGAUCCGGCCAAGGAUCCGGCCAUCUACUCGAGCCUUCUGCCUCGACCGGGCAGUAACGACAACUCCUGGGAAAGUUUGAUCGAGAUAACGAAGACCUCGGAGACGUCCAAGUUGCAACAGUUAGUCGACAACAUCGAGCACAAGCUGACCGAUCCGAACCAAUGCGUGAUCUGCCACAGAGUGUUGUCGUGCAAGAGCGCGCUGCAGAUGCACUACAGGACCCACACCGGGGAACGGCCGUUCAAAUGCAAAAUCUGCGGUCGCGCGUUCACUACCAAGGGCAACCUGAAGACGCAUAUGGGCGUGCACAGGGCGAAACCGCCACUCCGAGUGUUGCACCAGUGUCCCGUCUGUCACAAGAAAUUCACGAACGCGCUGGUCCUGCAGCAGCACAUACGUCUGCACACCGGCGAGCCGACGGAGCUCAGCCCGGAGCAGAUCCAGGCCGGCGAGGUGAACGAGUUUCCACCGGGCUAUCCUCACCAUCCGUUGGCGUCGUUCCUCCCGCAGGGCUUUCCUCCGAUUCACCCCGUGGGGCCGGGCUUUCCUCUAGGUUUCCCACCGAAAUUGGAACUGAAGGACGAAGUCCAGCAGCAACAACACCAACACCACCACCAACAGCAGCAGCAACAGCAACAGCAGAGGUAUACGGAGGAUCACAGCGAGGAGGCGGACGACCAAGAGGACGAGGAGGAAGACCGUAGAGAGGACGACGAACGGUGCGACGUGAAUCGCGACGGCCGAUGCGAGCCGGAGGACGAGCAGGAUCGCGAAAGCGAAGAGAACGAGCACAAAGAGCUCUCUUUGCCGAGCUUCUCGACGUCCCUCGCGGCUCUCGAGAACCAGGUGCGGACCAUUACCACGAUAGCGACCUCGACCACGGGGAACGUGGCCAGGUCGCCACCUUUUCACCGAUACAACGGUAGCGAGAAAAGCAGCAGCCCUCCGAACUCCGGCGCGCCCCUGGACCUGACGCCUCGUGCAUCCUCAACGCCGGCCACCGUGGCCUCGAUACCAACGCCGCCACCGCCCCCGCCGCCUCAGACGCACCAUCCACACCCCUUCGGCAUGUUCGCAGGCCUCCUGCAGGCGGUCUCCUCGUCGCCGUCCACCAGCAGCAUAGGAUCCUCGAGCAUAAAUAGUAUCAGUUCGAUGAACGCCGUCACUCCCGGAUCCGGCGCCGCUGGACCUCUGGCCUCGCUUACCACGUCAGCCGUUCUGGCUGCCACAUCCACCUACAACCCGCUCGGCCUAGCUGUCGGAGGGCCAGCAGUGCGUGGAAACACCACAUGUAAUAUCUGCUACAAGACAUUUGCGUGCAACUCCGCGCUGGAGAUUCAUUACCGGAGCCACACGAAGGAGCGACCUUUCAAAUGCACCAUAUGCGACCGAGGCUUUUCCACGAAGAACGACGGUUCCGGUCAGCAAACUUGCAACUGUACAUCUCAACCGUUGCCCGAUAGUAGUUCGAUCACUUCACCCGAUUCCCAAUAUCAAACAUCGUGCGCCAGUAAUCGAGAGAAACCGAAACGCAGGCGGCGGCGGCCUGAGGAACGGAAGAACCGGGGGCGGAGAGGAGCCGGAGGGGGGCGGGGGCUGACACCUGUCUUUCCUGCCGUCCGCCUACCCUCGCUGAUGACACCCGCCGCCCUCGGACUUCUACCCUCGGCCCACAGCCUCCUGGGGAACAUGAAGCAACACAUGCUAACACACAAAAUACGCGACAUGCCGCCUCAUCUGUUCAGCGACUCGAAGCAGCAGCUACAGCAACAGUCUCAGGAGCACGAGACCUCGAGGAGUCCGAUGUGCGCCGACGACACGAGCCUGCCGCCGCCGCCGCCGCCGCCACCGCCGCCUCCUCCGCCGAUGCCGACAACGUCGAUAGAGCAGACCAUUUCGGUGAAGAGAUCGCCGUCCGAGGGGGACCUGCCAGCACCAAAGAGACCAGCCAGCGUGCCGAGCAAACACUUGUGCCAGAUUUGCAAUAAGAAUUUCUCCUCAUCUUCGGCGCUCCAGAUCCAUAUGAGAACUCACACUGGCGACAAACCGUUCCGAUGCACCGUCUGCCAGAAGGCCUUCACCACCAAGGGCAAUCUCAAGGUGCACAUGGGCACGCAUAUGUGGACCAACGGAGCCUCUCGACGAGGCCGUCGAAUGUCGCUGGAUCUGCCUCCCCUACCCAUCACGCCCAAGGACUCGGAGUUUCUUCAGCGGCGACCGGAUCUCUUCUACCCGUAUUUACCCGCGCCGUUCCUUAACGGCGUGCAGCAGAAACUGAACGAGAUCUCGGUGAUCCAAAGCAACAACGGGUUACCGGGUCAUUCGGUGGCUACCGGAAAGUACGCGGGCCUGUUCGGCUCGGUGUACGCGGCCGGGGCUGGAUUUCCAUUGGACAAGCAGCCGAUGGCGCCAACGAGUAACGGGCCCCUGAUCGACGGUAAAUCCUCGAUCCCGCCCGGGUCCAUGCUCUUUCAGACGUCGUCGCCGUCGCACUCGCCUGGCACGCCGUCCUCGAACGGUAGCAAUCAGAACUCGACGGGGGUAUCCGCGUGGACAGGAGACGGUCUUCAGCACCAUUUCGACAGGGAGCCAUCGAAUCGGUCCGAGAGCAACUCGACGCCACCGUCGGCUCGACUACCGCCGCCUCCUGCCGCCAGGGGCGAGGGCUUGGCCACGUGAAGUUCAACCGGUACAUAUCUUUCUUCGAUGGGAAACCGUACUCCGCCCUGCUAGCCUCAAUAAGAUGGAGCUAGCCCACCGGGGCUAGACGAGAAAGGUCGUUGUCGCGGAGCCGGCAGUGCUUGAGUGCAUCCAAGAGAACCGAGAGACUCGGGACCCGAAGUCCGACGACAUAUCCUCGUAACACCCAGAGCCAGCAGAUACCAUGUUCCUAUUGUCACACUAGUCUUAAACGUGUUAAAGAGGACCGAUGGGCCCGGCAGCUGGAGUCCCAGCGUCAGCGGGUUUACGUUCCGGUUUCCAGAACCCCCGUGACGUGGUUUCGCACGAGGGUCUGACGGGCGCGGUGCCUAGACUGAGCCGUUGGGCCGCAAGACACGUGGUGCCGCGACGUCCCGGCCCUCCGUACUCUGACCGUCCAUGCGCGACAGUGAUGGUCACCUCACUUAGGCUUAUUUUACGUUACAAAUUGUACGCAGCCCGUGCCAUCUCGCUCUCCGCCGCUCCGGAAGCCGCCGCGUUACCGUCCCCCCUACCACGAUACCCUUCUUCGCAUGUAUCAAUUUAUUUCGACGUCUCCGAGGUAGUAUUUAGUGAAAUUUCUACGCCUUUUCAAAACGAGAACAAUUUCGUUGUACGGUCGACUGUAACGGGCAUAUUCGGUGUCCCCGUAGAGCUACAUGGCACGUUCUGCGCGAGAUGAUAUAAAUAUAUACAUAAAAAAAGAGAAAGAUAUAUAUAUAUAUACAUAUAUAAAUAUAAAAUAUUAUAUUGGUGCGAAGGGGUACGAGUGCGCAAGUUGUAUACACACGCGAGUACGUGCGUCGCUUUCUUUUUCCGAAGAAGGUCGUUUUUAGAAGUUUAAAAGCGGGUCCGGCAACGCCCCUCGCUGUGAUAUGAGAGGAGCAGCCUGCAAUCAUUUAAACCAAUGUACUUAUACGUUGUACCAUAGUAUUAUUAUUUACACUCGAUGUACAGUACGCACUGCAAAUUAACUUGUCGUUCUUUUGUAUAGAAAGA